AUGCCGCCGACAGCGUCUCUCGCGCACACCCUCGCAUGCGCGUUCAUCUUCAUCAGCUACAUCACGCUCACUUUGGCCCCCUUUGCUGUCCGCCUGACGAUCCGCUCCCGUGAACCCUGCAGCCUGGCGGGUGACUAUGGCUUCGACCCCCUCAAGCUGAGCGAGGACCCCCUCACUCGCCGCUGGAUGGUUCAGGCUGAGCUGCAGAACGGCCGCUGGGCGAUGCUCGGCGUGGCGGGCAUCCUCUUCACCGCUCUCGGCGCCGAGGCGGGCCUGGACCUGCCCCAGUGGUACGACGCGGGCAAGGUGUCGAUCGCCAACAGCCCCUUCUCGUUCCAGACCCUCCUGGGCGUGCAGUUCCUGCUGUUCGGCUGGGUUGAGUCCAAGCGCCUGGCGGACUUCCUCAACCCCGGCAGCCAGGGCGACGGCAGCUUCUUCGGCAUCACCGAUGACUUCAAGGGCAAGGAGAACGGCUACCCCGGCGGCAAGUACUUUGACCCCUUCGGCCUGAGCCGCGGGGACGCCGCCAAGUACGCCGAGUACAAGCAGAAGGAGAUCAAGAACGGCCGCCUGGCGAUGGUUGCCGCCCUGGGCUUCUUCUCGCAGUACGCCGCCACCGGCAAGGGCCCCAUCCAGAACCUGGCCGACCACCUUGCUGACCCCACCCACGUGACCGCCGCCACCAACGGCGUGUCCGUGCCCUUCUACCCUUGA